GACACCGGCAGAGCUGGGGAGUGGAGGUUUGGAGGGUCUGUCCCAGGAUUUGGGGGGUCCUGGAGGGUCUCCCAUUUACCCUUUCUCCUCCAGGGCCCUAUUAGUAGGAGUUCGGCCCUGGUGGGUCUCUGAGUCACCCCCCAUAUCUCCCCCCACAAAGCCAGGGCUUAAUCGGGGCUCGGGCGUGAUUAGUCUUUGGCAAAGCUGCUUGACUCCGUGGCUAAGCCCAUCUUUGCAGCCCUUGGGCUGUGCUGGGCACAGCGCUGCCGGGGGAUAAGCCCGGCUCAGCUGAGCUUUCCAGUUUUAGGGGCGAUUAAGGAAGGAGCCAGUGUUAACUAGGGCAAAGACAGAUCCUGCUGCCCCUCCCCACACGGCCCAGGGCACCCCCCGGCUCCCUAGGGUAUAAAAGACCCCUCUCUUGGCCCCUCCACCACUCGUUGCCGCCCGCCAUGGCCCCCCCGCCCGUCUGAGCGCCCUGGGGCCCACUGGUGCCACGGUGACACAGGGCUGGGCUGUGCGCGGCACAGGGACGCUACCUCUCUGUCUGCAGCCGCUGCGUUCCCUCCUUCCUGCCGGUGCCCCGGCUGCUGGCUGGUUGUGUGUCUGUCCAUCCAUCCAUCCCGAGACCCCAUCUAUCUAUCUAUCUAUCUAUCUAUCUAUCUAUCUAUCUAUCUAUCUAUCUAUCUAUCCCCAUACACCCCAUCUAUCUAUCUAUCUAUCUAUCUAUCUAUCUAUCUAUCCCCAUACACCCCAUCUAUCUAUCUAUCCCCAUACACCCCCUCUAUCUAUCUAUCUAUCUAUCUAUCUACCUAUCCCCCCACACCUUCUCUGUCUCUCUAUCCAUCCCCUCUACCUAUCUGUCUAUCUAGCCCCACACCCCUCUCUAUCUAUCCAUCCCCCCACACCCCAUCUAUCUAUCUAUCCAUCCCCAUCCACUGUCUCUCCUUCCAUACACACCCUCCAUCCAUCCUGUAGCCUCUCCAUCCACCCACUACCCCUGCAUCCAUCCCCACAAACACGCCUCCCCACACGGCUCCCUGCCCGCCUCGGCCGCUCCUUCCUGCCAGCCAUGCACAAGACCCGCGACUUGCGGGACGACCUCCCGGAGGACUUUUUCAUCCCGGUGCCUCUGGACACGAAGAAUCUGACGGCGCUGAGCCCGUUUCUGGUGCCGCAGACACACCUGGGCAGCCCAGUCAUCUUCAUGGGCAUGUCGGCCUUCAUGUUCCUGCUCAUCACGCUGGGCAUGCCCAUCAACGUCCUCACCAUCUUCUGCACGGCCAAGUACAAGAAGCUGCGCUCCCACCUCAACUACAUCCUGGUCAACCUGGCCAUGGCCAACCUGCUGGUGAUCUCCGUGGGCACCACCACGGCCUUCUAUAGCUUCUCCCAGAUGUACUUCGCCCUGGGCCCCACGGCCUGCAAGAUUGAGGGGUUUGCUGCCACGCUGGGGGGCAUGGUGAGUCUCUGGUCUCUGGCCGUCGUGGCCUUCGAGCGAUUCCUGGUGAUCUGCAAACCCCUGGGGAACUUCACGUUCCGCGGCACCCACGCCAUCAUCGGCUGCCUCCUCACCUGGAUCUUCGGCCUUGUGGCUUCUGCACCCCCCCUUUUCGGAUGGAGCCGGUACAUCCCCGAGGGGCUCCAGUGCUCAUGUGGCCCCGACUGGUACACGACCAACAACAAGUGGAACAACGAGACCUACGUGAUCUUCCUCUUCUGCUUCUGCUUCGGGGUCCCCCUCAGCAUCAUUGUCUUCUCCUAUGGCCGCCUGCUUCUGACGCUGCGCGCUGUGGCCAAGCAGCAGGAGCAGUCAGCCACGACCCAGAAGGCCGAGCGGGAGGUGACCAAGAUGGUGGUGGUGAUGGUGGCCGGGUUCCUGGUGUGCUGGCUGCCCUACGCCUCCUUCGCGCUGUGGGUCGUGACGCACCGUGGGGAGCCCUUCGACGUGCACCUGGCCUCCAUCCCCGCCGUCUUCUCCAAGUCCUCCACCGUCUACAACCCCAUCAUCUACGUCUUCAUGAACAAGCAGUUCCGCUCCUGCAUGCUGAAGCUGGUGUUCUGUGGCCGCAGCCCCUUUGGGGAGGACGACGACGUCUCGGGGUCCUCGCAGGCCACCCAGGUCUCCUCCGUCUCCUCCAGCCAGGUGUCCCCAGCGUAGCCCAGCAGGCCCUGCUCGGUGGGGCCCGAGAUAUCCCAGCAUGCCCUGCUGUGGGGGGGCGAGAUAUCCCAGGGUGCCCUGUUGUGGGGGCCCCCCCCGAGCUAUCCCAGCAUGCCCUGCUCAGGGUCCCCCCCCAAGAUAACCCAGCAUGCCCUGCUGUGGGGGGGCCCCGAGAUAUCCCAGCGUGCCCUGCUCGCGGUCCCCCCCCCGAGCUAUCCCAGCAUGCCCUGCUCCGGGGGGGGCCCAGGACACCCCAGCAUGCCCUGCUGUGGGGGGGCGAGAUAUCCCAGCGUGCCCUGCUGUGGGGGGACCCCGAGAUAUCCCAGCGUGCCCUGCUGUGGGGGGACCCCCCCGAGCUAUCCCAGCAUGCCCUGCUCAGGGUCCCCCCCCAAGAUAACCCAGCAUGCCCUGCUGUGGGGGGGCCCCAAGCUAUCCCAGGGUGCCCUGCUCGGGGUCCCCCCCGAGCUAUCCCAGCAUGCCCUGCUCCGGGGGGGGCCCCAGGACACUCCAGCAUACCCUGCUCCGCCACAGAGACAGUCCAGCUCAGUAUCCCAGCAUGCUCUGGGGGACCCAGGCGUGCUGGGGGCUGCUCCCCUUGCUGGGCUCGGCCGGUGUGGGAGCUAUAAGUCAGGGGAGAUGGGGGGGGUCUGAGCGCCUUGCAGCCCCCCCCAGCGCCCCCAACCGGGUCGAACCCAGGUCCCUUCCCCCCAGCCCCCAACAGGCAGAGCAGCGAGGGGUGAGUGACAGGAGACAGAGCCCCCCCACGGUCCCUCCUGGCCCCCCAGCGACGGACCUGGCAGGGGGCCCACCCGCAACUUGUAUAUUGUAAAUAUGAGCCUGGUUAUUACCCCACCCCCUGCUCUAAUUACCCCCCAUGGCUGUAAUUAAUUACCCCCUGCUCUAAUUACAGCCCCCAGGGCUGUAAUUACAACCCCCCACGUCACUUGGGUAAAUAAAAUGCAGCUUCAGUUCCCAGUGUCCAGGGUUUUUAUUAGCCGGGGGGGCCGUGUGGGGAGGUCACUUGGGGGGCAGCACAGGAGCCGUGGUGGGGAGCCCUGCCCGGGGGGGACCCCGCCACACAGGGCCUUGCUGUGAGCCACAAG